GCCUACGGUUUUAAUGCAAUGGAGCAAACUUCGUACACUGAAGAUGACUUGAACUCUUCUUCAACCACCACCAGCGAAACUCACCAGAAACACAUUUCGAAGCGGGGCAGCACGCGGCAUGCUGUUUACCGAGGUAUCCGGAAACGACGGUGGGGCAAAUGGGUGUCGGAGAUCAGGGAGCCACGCAAGAAGUCACGCAUUUGGCUAGGCUCUUUUCCCGCGCCAGAAAUGGCCGCUAAAGCUUACGAUGUAGCGGCCUUUUGCUUACGUGGAAGUAAAGCGCUGCUAAAUUUCCCCGACGAAGUGGAAGAUUUACCGAGACCAUCGACGUGUACGGCUAGAGAUAUUCAGGCCGCGGCUGCCAAAGCGGCUUAUUCAGUAGUUUCUUGGAAUAAAAGUGGAGUAUCAGCCGAAGAAGGGAAUGGACACAGCGGUGACGACUUUUGGGGCGAAAUUGAAUUGCCAGAACUGCUGAAUAGCGGCUGCAGUGAAUGGAAUUCUUGCGGGUGGACAUUCGCGGCCGAUUCCGCCUGGCUAGAAGGAGAGGCUCAGCAACAGCAACACUACUUCUUGGCUUGUCUUUAAUGGUGUUGUAAAAGAAUAAACUGUUUCAGGUUUCAACGAACCUCUUCCCAUUGCUGUAUAGGUACUUAAUUUUGGCAUGCUAUAGUAUUAUGCUUCAAGUUUGUGAUUUGGCAUUCGCAAAGGAAAUUAGGUAGUGCUGCACCAGGUUCCAAAUUAACUCACUGCUGUUUCUUUACGGCUUGAGAUCGACUCCACAUCUCUACAAUUUUUAUUUUGCUGGAAUUUAGAAGUGAUUUAUAUUUUGUUUUGUUUUUCCCCUUAA